AUGGGUCAACUGGAAAGCCUUCAAAUGUUAUUGGGCUACAUUGUGUCCUAUGCUGAUGGAAGUUCAAUGUCAGAGUUGCAACCAUUGGCGAACCUCCAUAGGCUCAGUCUCCAAAGCCUUGAAAAGGUUUCUGAUCCUUUAGAUGUAAGAUUUGCAAGACUGGAUUCUAAAACAAAUCUUGAGUCACUGUCAUUAUGGUGGAAUAUGGAUGAUUAUUCAAAUGAUGUCAUACCAGCUUAUGCAGUACUUGAAUCUCUUCGGCCUCACCAACGUUUGAAAGCAUUGGAGAUUGUUGGAUAUGAAGGGGACAAGCUUCCAUCAUGGAUCGUGGGAAAACAUCUCAAGUCCCUUGUGGAGAUCAAGCUAAUUAGUCUGAGGUCAUGUGAACUGCUUCCACAUGGGCUACUGCCAUGUCUGAGAAUUGCUGAGAUAAGUGGAGUGGAAACUAUGUGCAGUGUCAAUGAUAAUUUCUGUGGACAUAUGUUCCCCCGUCUUAUAGAAUUGGAAUUCAUCCAAUGCCCAAAAUUAAGAGCAUUGCAUAUGGAGCUCCCAUCGCUUGAGAAGUUGUGGAUGAACAACAAGGUGCUGUAUGACCAGAAAGGAGCCUUGCAAGAUGUGGCCAAGACCCUGGAGCAUGUAUCGAUUUCGUUCAGCGAAGAGCUAGCUUCCUCAGACUGCGAGGGCCUGCAGGAUCUUGGUAAGCUGACGAAGCUGGAGAUAUGUGGGUGUGACGAGCUGACGUGCCUUCCACAGGGUUUGCAGCGGAUUUCAUCCAUCAGAAGCUUGACGAUUGACAACUGCAGAAAACUGGAGGCCUUACCAGAUUGGCUGGAGAACCUACCUUCUCUUCAAAUCAUACGCUUGUCAGGCUGUCCUCUGCUGCAUUACAUUCCUGGAUGGUUGCAACAACGUCCUGGUGUCAUUAUAUAUGUUGAGGACUGCCCCAAUUUAAUACAAGAUCCACUUCCCAAUUUCUCUGCACAAUCAUCAGGAGAACCUGUUGGUGCUCGAGUCAACAAGGGCAAAGAAAUCGUCCAGGAUUAG